UAUACAUACUGGUUCAAGAUGGCGGCCGAACUUCAGCAACAGCUCGAGGAGUUGGUUGAUUAUGUUAAAACAGGCGUGGAACGACAAGAUACAACUGUUCUAGGAACAUUAGUUGCUGUAGCUGUUGUAUUACUUACUAUAGUUAUAUUACUUUUUGUGUCACGGAAAAGUAACAACCGUAGUGCAGUCCUGUUACUUGGAACCUGUGAUGCUGGGAAGACACUACUAUUUUCUAGACUGGUUAAGGAAACAACUGAUGAUAUAAUGACAGUUACCUCAAUGGAAUCAAAUAUUGGAAACUAUAAAGUCAAAAGCAAGAAUAAAAGUCUGCGUAUUGUGGAUAUUCCCGGACAUGAAAGACGUAGGACGCAGUGCCUGGAUCAACAUAAGCACAUGGCAAGGGGAGUGGUGUUCUUGGUGGACAGCGGGACACUAAUGAAAGAGGUGAAGGAAGUAGCAGAGUAUUUGUACACGUUCCUCAGUGAUAGUGUGAUAUCAAACAACGUUCCACCCAUACUGGUCGCCUGUACCAAGUCCGAUCUGACACUCAAGAAAGGCAAAGAUGUCAUCAAGAAAAAUUUAGCUGCUGAAAUGAACAUCAUGCGAGUGACUCGAUCGGCUGCACUGCAACAGCUGGAAGGAGCUGCAAAUAACAACACAUUUCUCGGGAAACGUAACAAAGACUUUGCUUUUGAAGACCUCAAACCUCUCAAAGUGGAUUUUGUGGAAUGCAGUUCCUUAAGUGGCAAAAUCGAUCUGUCUCAAGUUGAGAGUUGGCUUGUAAAGUUGGCAUAACAUUUGAGAAGUCAUUGUUUUGUACAUACUGUGUAGGAAAAAUUGAGUCUGAAAAAAAUGACGUGUAAUCUGAUGAAUGACUGCUGUGUGGAGUGUUGUUUAAAUGAACUCGUUUUGUGUAAAGCCACCGUUACCAUAUGUUUACAUUUAGUCAUUUUUAUGGCAGUCAAAAUUGACUUAACCUCUGUUAAAGAUUCCAAUGAACACUCUUGUUUCCAAGAAACGGGUAGAUAUGGGUAGAAACGGGAAGAUAUGGCAAGCUGUCAAUUACAGAUACAUACGGUAGCUACAGUACAAAAUUUUCAAAAUUUAAGUAUUUGCAUAUCAAAUAAUAUUGUAUGUCCCAUAAUCUUUCAUCGUUUUUCCUGUGGAUAGGUGAUUUAUAUUAAUUCUCAGAGAUUUUCUUAACAGAUAAAAAAAAUCUUAAAAUGUUACCUAAUGACCCAAUUAAUACAUAAUAUUUUAAAUCUGCCGUUGGUUGAAGGAUCUGUCAAUUAAGGUUAUAUAAUAUUUUCUGUAUAUAAUUAUAAAGAUUAAUGCAAUCAUGCAUGCUGCUAAAAAUUGUAGAUUUUUAUUGUUAUUUGAAAAGUAUCACAUCUGCCACAUGUCAUUUUGUGUAAGGAAGGGUUAUCAUUCACAUAAGUAGAAGAAAUAAAUUUUGGAGAAAUGUAUUUGUUAAAAUACUGUUUGUGUUGCUUUACAUCACCUGACAUAUGUACACAUUAUCCAUAGAGCUACCUCUUUAAAAGCAAACUUUUGAAUUUUUGGAGAAAUAUAGUGAAAGCUUUAAAAUCUUACACCUUGAGUAUCGGUAAAGCGAUUCUGAUUUAAAUUGGUCUUGAACAUCCUUGGGUGAAGUUGACUCAAUGGUGUAUACAUGAAGGGUGGGGUUCCCCUGGGUGUAGAGGGUAAGGGUCCUAUAAGGGAAAUAAAUGUCUAUCUUUAAUGUCAUACUUGAAUGUAAGCAAAGUUGAUUUUGACCUUUUUUGGCCUGGAACAAUAUUGGGCUGAGAAAACAGCUCUGUGUAAAUGGAGGUCAUGAAGGGAAAUAAAGAUACGUUUUUAAAAUCCUACUUAAGUACAGGAAAAGGGAUUUUAAACUUAAUUGGUCUGGACCAUCAAUAGAUAAAUUUAACUUUGGAUAGGCAGAGGGGUGAGGCCCGAAAGGUGGAAUGAAAGGAAACGUUUAAAAUACUCCUUGAGUAGGGGUAAUGAAUUUUACCAUAAUUUGGUUCAUGCUUUUGGAAAUUUAAUUAACAAUUUAUAAAGAAAGGGUGUUAAUGCCCCAUAGGGGGUGGUGGGGAAAUGUAGUUCAAAAUACUUUUUCUGUGAG